UCAGAAGCUGAGUUAAAUAAAGUCCUUAACAGGCAAUUGGAACAUCAUAUUACAGAUUUUGAAAAUUUUAAAGUACUGUUUAUGCCUUUUCCAAUAGAAAUCAUCAGACAAUUCGUUACUUAUGUACAGACGGACGAUCCCGGAUUGACCUCUAUUACACACGCAUUCGAUCUGUAUUAUCUGAGUUUAAGAUACGAGUUGGACGAUUUAAGAAAGAAAUGCAGAUCAUUUAUCAUUCGGAAAAUAAAACUGGAUACUGUCUGUGCAAUUCACGAUUUUGCAUGUGAGAUCGGUGAUCUGUUCAUAAUUUAUUUUUGCUGGGUAGCUUUCGACCAAUACGGAGGAAAACUAUUUACAACAGUCGACUUUAUGUGCUGUAAAAUUGCAACAAUUGAUAGACUGCUAUCUCGAGCGAUAUAUGAAUCUGUCAGUGAAUUGCGUUUACUCGGAGCCGUGUAUCAGUGGAGCAUAGAAGUUAAAAGAAUAUUGGGCGCAUACAACUUCAAUUCAAUAAAUGAAGAAUCGAAAAGGAUUGUAAUAAGAAAUGUUAUGAAGCCAUUUAUCAGAAAAGUCAGAUUUCUUGCCAUUAAUGAAGACGAAUUGCGAUCUUGUGUUUUUACAAUGAACUUGUUAAACGAAGUAGAAAAGAGUCAUAUCUGGCGUGCUUUUAAGACUGUUAAUUAUUCUUUUUAUCCCAGUUACUUCAGUCGAGAAACAAACACUAGAAGCGGAAUGAUUUAUUGUAGCUUGUUCUCGUACAUAAAUCGUGGAAAUCCAAACGGAGAGAUGAAAGGUUGCAUAUAUUUUAGCAGCGAAGUAGUUGUAAAAGAAGAUUGUUUCGUCACGGCCCUUCGAUUUCCGGUGAAGCUUGGCGAAAGUUUUCCAAUGUGCGUAAACGCUUAUAUUAACAAUUUGGACAACGAGUAUUUUACGUUUGAAACCGUUUGCAAUAAAGACGGAGUAGCAAAUCUUCUAACGAAGUUGUAUCUAGAAAAAUAUUGGUCAAUUCGUUUCUUUGCUUUCUUUUACCGCGGUGAAUAUGUCCAACCCCAUAUCGACUUUUCACCUGAACUGAGUAACUUUGUGAGCGACGGAGGAACAGAUACCAGGAAAUUUGAAGACAAAAUUCUAAUCGGUGACAGAAACCUUAUGAAUAAUAUUUACUUUUCGGUUGAUUUAUAUUUUUGA